GAGUCCAAAAUAAUAACUUUAACUAUCCAUGAUAUAUUUUUUGAAAAAGUUCUUAAAACCGAAAGCAAUAGGAAGAGAGGCCUUCAAAAGAAAUUCAAAUGAGAAAAUGUCUCGAGGUGCUUUGAUUGUCUUGGAAGGACUCGAUAAGAGUGGUAAAACUACACAGAUAAAGAGUUGUUUGGAAAUAUUGAGAGCAGAUGGUUUCGAUGUGUGCCAAUUGUCUUUUCCAGAUAGAACUACGAGUACUGGUCAACUUAUCAGCUCCUUUCUUCGAGAACAAACUAUGUUGGAUGACAGAGCGGUUCACUUGCUCUUUUCUGCCAACAGGUGGGAAAAGUGGAAAGAAAUGAAUGACUGGUUGAGCAACGGAACAAGUAUUUUGGUGGACAGAUAUGCGUAUUCUGGAGUUGCAUAUACGGCUAGCAAAGGAUAUGAUUUGGAUUGGUGUUUAGGUCCAGACAAAGGUUUUAUAGCACCUGAUCUUGUGGUUUAUUUAUCUGCUCCUUCUACUGUAUUACAAGGUCGUAGUGGUUAUGGAGAAGAGCGAUAUGAAAACAAAGCUUUUCAGAGUAGAGUUUCUGAAACUUUUGGAAAACUCAAAACUAAGAAAUGGUUAACUGUUCAAAGUGAUCGUCCCAUAGAAGAGAUUACUCACGAUAUUAUCACUCCUAUGCGAAAUAUCAUACGGAGUUGUCAAAGUGGCUCAUUGAAAUUGGGAACAUUGUGGAAAGAUGGAUAGGACAUAUUCUCUAAGAGGUGGAAUGAAA